CAAACAUCGAGUCUUUAGCACUUCUUCAGAAGCGAUGUGUGAGUCCUGCUCCGGUUCUACUGAAGAUUAACUGAACACGACUGGUGGAGGAGACCACUGGAGAGCCAUCAUGGUGCGUAACGUAGACGACCUCGACUUCUGCCUGUCCUCUCACGCGCAGACGAUCCUGGAGGGCCUGCGCUCCCUCUGCUCCAACCCCAAAUUCAUAGACGUCACCCUGAGCGCCGGCGGGCGCGACUUCCCCUGCCAUCGGGGCAUGCUGGCGCUCUGCAGCCUCUACUUCCGCUCCAUGUUCUCGGGGGACUUCAUAGAGAGCAUAUCCGCCCAGGUGGAGCUCCACGACGUGGAUCCCAACGUGCUCGCCAUGCUUUUGGACUUCGCCUAUACGGGGAAGCUCACCAUCAACCAGGGGAACGUGGAGGGCCUGAUCCGCACGUCGAGUCAGCUUCAGUUCCACACGGUGCGCGCCGUCUGCAGCAGGUACCUCCAGCAUCAGAUAGAUGCCACCAACUGUCUGGGUAUACAAGAGUUUGGGGAGAUCCACGGCUGCCCUGAGGUGGUGGUGAAGGCUAAGGCGUUCCUUUUGGAGAACUUCGAGGCAGUGCAGCAGCAUGAAGAGUUCCUCCUGCUGCAGAAGGACAAACUGGUGGCUUUCCUGCAGGAAGAAUGUCUGCAGGUGAGGGACGACCGUGCUCGGGCCGAGGCGGCUCUUGCUUGGGUCAGGCAUUGUAAGGAGAGCCGGAUCUGUCACCUACCAGAACUGCUAAAGCUGGCCAGACUUCCUCUGCUAUCUGAUUCCUACAUCACUGAGGUCCUGAUGAAAGAUGAACUACUGCAGGACUGCCUGGAAGGUCAGAAGCUUCUAGAGGAGAUUUCCAAAGAGAAGUCGAACCUGAAGCCGGGCGAGUCAGAGCUGGGCGUUAUCUGGAACACCCCUCACAACCUGCAGGAGGUGUUAUUCGUCAUGGGCGGCCGUUCCUUAGACGACUCGGACAAUGAAGACGAGGAGGAAGAGGGUGAGGGACGGAUCAGGGUGCGUCCCAGAAACUGUGCCUUCUACAACAGCAAGCUCAAGCAGUGGCACCAGCUACCCGACUUUCCCAACUACAACAAGUGGGGCUACUCCAUCGUCUCGUUAAAUAACGACGUUUAUAUCACAGGAGGAUCCAGAGGUUCCCAGUCCAAUACCUGGUCCACCACGCAGACCUGGAAGUAUAUCACUCGGGAGGGGCGGUGGGUCACCGUAGCGCCGAUGCUGCGGCCCAGGACUAACCAUGCCUCGGCGACCCUGAACGGAGAGAUUUACGUCAUCGGAGGUACAGCAAAUGACGUGGUGGAAGUGGAGCACUACGACCCCUACACUAACAGUUGGGCCCUUACGGCUCCUGCGCUGAAAUACGUCACCAACUUUACAGCCACGGCGUGUCUGGGGAAGCUGUACAUCAUCGGCUCCUGCGCCGUCAAGUACAACGCGCUGACCCUGCAGUGCUACAAUCCCGUCAUCGAUGGCUGGAGUAUCAUCUGUUCCCCGUUCAUCCCGAAAUACCUGUCCUCCCCUCGCUCCGUCUCCAUGGACGGGGUCAUUUAUUUGGUAGCGGACAACACCAAAAAGGUUUACCUGUACGACCCGGUCGCCAACGUGUGGCAAAAGGUGCAGCUCCUGCACAAGCUGCAUGAGAACGGUGGACUGGUGGUGCUGGGACGGCAGCUGUAUGUAACCGGUGGUCACUGGAAGGGGAUGGAGGGCGAUUACAGCGUGGAGGUGGAGGUCUACACCCGGGCGUCCGACUCCUGGAAAGUGGAGUGUUUCCUGCCCCGACUCUGGUACUACAGCGGCUGCUGCACCGUCUUCUUAGACACGUCCCAGUGGCCCGAGCGCUUUCCUGAGGACAUGUAGCGCGGCGUGGCGCGGCGCGAGAAUUCGGAUCGGCUCUGAGCUCCUGUUUAAUCUCGAACGUCUGAAGUCAUGAUGUUUGAUUCUUUUUUGUAAUUUUGUAAGAUUUAGUCUGAAAACCUGGACAAUAAAGUGUUGAAGAAUGUUUAAA